GGAUGGGCUGGGCCGAUGGCACCCAUAUCGAUUUGGAGGCACGAUCAGUCUACAGCACUAGAAAAGGAGGAUUCCUCUGCACGCAGCUCUCAUGCUUGGCAUUCAAACCAAGAUGCGCUUGGGCAGCCAGGCAGAGCUGCCACUUUCAAGAGAAUAAACAGGUCCUUUGGAGAGACGGGACGUGACACACAGUUUGCCAGGAUGCUGAAGAGAACCAUGGUCAACUUUGGCAAGAAGCUGAUCCGGCAGCGGACCGUGGACCUGGGCUCGCAGGAAACUCAGCUAGCCCGCUGCCUCUCCACCGUGGACCUGAUUGCUCUAGGUGUAGGGAGCACUCUUGGUGCAGGGGUCUAUGUUUUGUCUGGAGAGGUGGCCAAGGAUCAGGCUGGCCCUUCUAUUGUGCUCUGUUUCUUCAUUGCGGCAGUCUCAUCUGUUUUGGCUGGUCUGUGCUACGCAGAGUUUGGCGCCCGGGUGCCCAAGGCUGGUUCUGCAUACCUCUACAGUUAUGUGACCGUUGGGGAAAUUUGGGCCUUCACCACAGGGUGGAACCUCAUUCUCUCCUAUAUGAUAGGGACAGCAAGUGUGGCUCGGGCCUGGAGCUCCACAUUCGACCACAUCAUCGGGGGCCACAUCUCCACUUUCUUCCGGAAUCACACAGCCUUGCACCUGGAGACUGUGCUGGCUGAGUAUCCUGACUUCUUUGCCCUCUUCUUGGUGCUGUUGCUCACAGGCUUGUUGUCGUUUGGUGUGAGUGAAUCUGCCCUAGUGAAUAAAAUCUUCACAGCCAUCAACUUGUUGGUCCUCAGCUUUGUCAUUGUUGCUGGUUUUGUGAAAGGAGAUGUCAAGAACUGGAACCUCUCCAAGGAAGAUUUUCAAAACCACUCACAAAACGUCUUAGAGUCUGGAAGCAAGGACCACUUUGGCAAUGGGGGGUUUGUCCCCUUUGGUUUUGAGGGAAUCCUCUCGGGGGCUGCCACGUGUUUCUAUGCCUUUGUUGGAUUUGACUGCAUUGCCACCACAGGUGAGGAAGCACGGAAUCCCCAGCGUUCAAUCCCCAUUGGCAUCAUUGUCUCCCUCCUCAUCUGCUUUGUGGCCUACUUUGGUGUUUCGGCUUCCUUGACCUUGAUGGUACCCUACUUCCUGGUGGAUAAAGAGAGCCCUCUGCCCGAUGCCUUCAAGGCAGUGGGCUGGGAGCCUGCCCGUUAUGUCGUGGCCAUUGGGUCCCUUUGUGCCCUCUCUACAAGUUUGCUUGGCUCCAUGUUCCCCAUGCCGCGCGUGAUCUAUGCUAUGGCUGAAGAUGGACUGCUCUUCCGGUUCCUGUUCCGGGUUCACAGCCGGGCCAAGACUCCUUUGGUAGCCACUGUAGUGUCAGGCAUUAUUGCAGCCCUGAUGGCAUUUCUCUUUGAGCUGAAGGACCUGGUUAACCUUAUGUCUAUCGGCACACUCUUGGCGUACUCUCUGGUUGCUGUUUCUGUGCUCAUCCUCAGAUACCAACCUGAGCUACUGAGAUUCUCCAAAGACCUGGAAAUGCUUGAGAUAAAUGGAAGUGAAGAAGAAAAGGUUAUCAUUAAUUCCACUGCUGGCGAUGGCCAGAAUGCAUUCAAAGAGAAGUUCAGCUGGAGGAGUCUUUUCUGCCCCUCUGAGGACAUUCCAACUCAUGUCUCGGGGCGCAUCGUCUACAUCAGCAGCACAGUCAUCUCUGCCACGAUCACUGCCCUGUGUGGUAUCCUGGCCCAUCAGUGGGCAGCUCUCCUAAAAGGCAGCAUUGGCUGGGUCACUGCCUGUGUCAUUCUCCUUGGCAUUUUGCUUGCUGGCACCGUCGUCAUCUGGAGGCAGCCAGAAAGCAAGACAUGCCUCACUUUCAAAGUGCCGGGCCUGCCUCUGCUCCCCCUCUUCAGCAUCCUGGUGAACGUCUAUCUCAUGAUGCAGCUCGAUGCAGGCACCUGGGCCCGCUUUGCUGUCUGGAUGGCCAUUGGCUUUGCCAUCUAUUUUGGUUACGGGAUCCAGCACAGCGAAGAAGGGCAGGUGGCUCAGCAGUCCCAGUCAGGAACUGGCAAACCUCUGAAUUCGGCCAACUCUGAGCUGAGUCAAGAGAUCACUAUCUGAGAGAAGGUUCUUCGUCUGUCCUCCCUCCGCUGCCGUGGACCCCCUGAGUUCCUGUUUGCCUCCUGCCCCGCCCUUUGAGAAGGAAGCCAUGGCACACAGGGCCUUUACUGGCACACUGGACUCAGCUUGUGGAGUAGCUUCAUUCUGCACAGAAGGUGAAUAAAGCAAGCUGUGACAAAUGUAGGGGGAAGCCAUUUCUCCUAGGCAGGAUGGGAUGGGUUGCCACGUACGCCAACGUCUAUUUAUUUACCCGGCUUUGCUGGCUAGAUUGCCUUCUUCAAUGUAGAUGUCUGUAAGAGUGUCAAACGUUAAGAGCCCCCAAGUGAUCUCAGUACUUCAGGACUAUAAGUCUGGUUUUAACUAUCGUUUGUAUAACGUCAUCAAAGAUGUACAUGUUUUUUAUAUGAGUACAACUCCACACUCUUAAUUUCUUUAAAAAAGUUGGACUCAUCUGACCCGCUGUCAGUUUACUUUCUUGGUAGGCUUAUCUCAGAUGCACUUGGUGAUGGUUCUCCAGCGUAAGCAGCCUCCCUCCCUCCAUAAAUUUAGACAGUUGUAGCACUUCGAUGUUAGGCUGGUGUGUAAUUGCUUAAAUCAUCAUAGUUGUUUGGAGUUCUGCUGUUCUUGCCAAAGGUUAUCAGAUAGGUUGCUUUGGUUUCUCAAAUAAAAUCAAACAAAUUAUUAGUACUAAUGAGAUAUAAAACUGGCUCAAACAACACACUUACAUAUAUGGAUUCAACAUUCUGUGCACAUUCAGCCCAUGGUAGUUUAUUCAAGAACGCAGGCUGUAAAGCUUUGAAUGGAUUAGCCCAACAGGUAAUGCUGAAAUGGGAGAAGAGUGCCAAGUGCCAAGGCUAAUAGCAAAAUAGGUCUUAGUCAGCGAGCUCCCAUGAAACCAAACCUGGAGGUAACCACAACAAUAUCAGCAUUAUGAGUUCCCACAUGCUGGGGGACGAUGCAAGAGAAGCCGAGGGAGUGUGGGCAGACUCACCUCUUUGUCAAGAGUUGCAGACAGGGAAGUACUUGCCCCCAGCACCACCACCUUACAGACUAGCGAACUGGGCUAAUGCCAGAGACCUGGUGAGUGUGUAGCAGCCAUCCUCUGGGCCUUCCUGGUUACUCAGAAUGGAAGCCACAAGCAGAACUCAGCGGGCGAAAGCUCAGAGCACAGUGAGAUAACUGCCGGAUCUUUCUCUGCUGUAAAGAUGGCCGAGUAAGCUAGUCAACUGUCACUGGCCCCAAGAUGGGGAGGAGAUUCCCCCUCCCCUAAUAAAAGAGGCCAAAUACACUGCCCAGCUAGUGAUUUCCUGCUUUGGCCCAACCUGAAACUGACAGGGAAAUCAAUCACUACGCUUGGAAGGCCCCAAGUUGGCGAAAACAGGAUCAGGGUAACUUGUUUUCUCCUGCUGUUAAAGAAAAGCUGGCUGCUUUCUAUCAUGAUAUAGUUUAUUUACUUUUGACUGGAAAAAUAAUUCUGAGAAUUCCACAGAAAGCUCAAUAGUGACGUUCAUCGAACGUGCGCACAAACACACACUCCAGUUACAUCAGAUGACCAGGCUUUCUAGCAAACACACCAGUGCCAGAUUCUAUAAGGCCAAAGCCGUUUCAAACCUCACAUAGCUCUCAUCCAAGCCUUAUGAUUAAUUUCCCCAGCAUUUCCAAAAGCAAAUUAUGAAUGAAAUGAGCAGAGCCAGCACUGAAUUUGUUGUGUUUUGGAAAGCAGCUCCAUGCACGCACGUUUGAUGUUUCUUCUUUCUGAAGGAGACUUGGGACAAUUUCGGUCUAGGGUUUGUAACUCAGUGGCAGAAUCUUCAUGGGCAGAAGGUCCCAGAUCUUCAGGAAAGGCAGGAAGAACGGUUUCUGAAGCCCUGCAGAACCAACCCUGGGAUAGAUGGGCCAGCUCAGUAAAGGCAGCUUCUCAUGUUCCUAACUUUUGUUAUUCUGCAGCCUUGCUUAGAGCAAGAGAUUUCCAGUUGUUUUAAGAGAGUUUUGUUGUCUUUCUUGAGCACCUACAUGUGAACAGAAGUUCUUCAACAUGAAUAUAAUAUGCAGCAUCUUAAUACAUCUGUUGGACCAAAUAAAAUGUUGUGCUACUA